AUUAUAAUAGAUAUCAAAUAAAUAUAACAAAAAGCUAAAAGAGAGAGAAUUUAUCUUUAUUCAAGCAAGAGAGAGAGAGAGAGAGUUUCUUCUAUUUAUUCAACAACUUCUUAUCUCGUUCCUUUCUCUUUUCUUUACUUGAAAACGGAAAGAAAAAGUUGAAAGAAACUAAAAUAAGGCAAUAAAAAAUUUAAUUAUUAUUUGUUGUAUUUGUAUUUUAUAUCUAAGGAAAGAUAUAUGAAUUGUUGGGCCUAGGAGAAUUAUGAAUAUUGGCAGAAAUGCUUGCUCAAACAAGUUUGCUGCUCUGUUAGUUCCAAUCAAUAGGCAGCACGUUCAUUUGCGCUGCAUUGAUUAUACACAUUGCCUACGUACCGGUAUAUUCAUACACACCAUAAACUGCUCCCUCUGGAUAUUUAUUAAAAAUAUCUGAAUGGUAUUUCAUGUCAAAAUAAGACAAUAAGCGAGAAAAAAGAAAAAAUUUGAAUAGACUAAUAAAAAGGGACCGUUAAUCCAGGAAAUAGUUUAUUAUAGCCUAUAUUCUCUUAGAAGAGAAAAGAAAAGAUAUAUGUCUUUGAAUUGUAUGGACAUUUUGUUCAAGUCUUAAAAAAUGACUGUCAACUGGUAUUUAUGUCGACAUUAAUUGAUUGCGAUUUGGAAGGAGGCGACAACAAUUUAGAAUCCUGGCUCAAUAAGGCACCGGAAAGCAUACCAGUACAGAUUGAGCCUGAAGAAGUGCCUUUAAUUAAUCUUGACGAGUCUUUUGACCCUUCUAAACAUCAAAGAGUAGAACUAGUCAAAAAGGAUGUUACUACCACUAAACAGAUACAUAUACGAAGAAAAUCUGUAUCUCCCGUAUCUGUGUCAAUUUCUCCUAUAGAUUUCAAUCAUAGAAAGUCUACACCCAAUUCGCCUCUGUUCGAUCACGAAGUUCCAUGGCGAAGUAGUCUAAAAUAUCCGGAAUCGCCUCUAAACGCAACGUACGAAAGUAUUAAGCAUUCAAAACCGAAAUGGAAGGAUAUAGAUCUCGAUGAUAUUCCUAGACGAUAUGAAAAUCACUCUACUCAAACUCCACUUAGGGUCAAAGUUGAUUCGAGUGUCGUUUUCGAAGAUGGAAUCGAUGUUUUAAAACAUAGAGAUUUUUCCACUCAAACAUUUGGCCAGUUGCAAACAGUCAAUCAUUCUAAUGUUCAAACGCAAACGGCCGAAUUCGCCCUAGUUAAGGAGUACAAGCCAAGGAAAAAUGGUCUUCAAGAGGAAGAAAAGACGAAAACUCGUAUUCCUGCUCCUUCUAAGGACUCGACUAAAAAGAAUUUAAUGAAAGUCAUGCUCAAUCAGAUAAGAGAUUUGAAAUCUCAAAUGAACGAAAUGGAUCCUGAAGCUAUUAGAGAACUUAAAAAGAAAAGGGAGAAGAAAUUAACUAAACCUUUAAAGGAUUUAGAAGAAAACCAAGAAAUCUACAGUAGAAGAAGAUUAGAUCUUAUGAACAAAACUCCUCUUUAUCAUAAUCCAGGCGGUUACGAUAAAUCUGGAUCAAUUUUCUGUACUCCAUUUAGACCUCCUUUCCCCCGCCCUAAUCAACCCAUUAUUAAUUACAAUGACUAUGGACCGAGGGCUUUUAGACCGCCAAGUCAAAUAACGGCUCCAUCCGCGCCAAUGAUUUACCUACCUCCUCAAAAUCACAAUAAUCACGGACCUAAAGUAUCUCAAGUCUUAGUCAUAGCUAGUCCUCCACGAAAGCAGGACGACGACUGUUCAACAUGUACGUCAUGCUCUUGUUCAAGAAGAUGAAGACUAUUUGUCGUUUAAUAAUCUUUUUGUUACGUUACCUGCUUCUUGAAUAGCGGCUCUUUUUUUCUAUUUUCUAACGAUGGUAAGUGUAACAAGUAUAUAGUGUUUAGGAUAAUUAGAUAGGAGAAGUAGGGAGAUAUAGUAGAAAUGUAGAAAAAUUUGAAAAUAGUAGACUAAAUGGAGAUUUUAGAGAGGGAACUGUUGUUGUUGUUCUUGUUGUUUAAGAAGAAGAAAAAGAAGAAGAAGAAGAAGAAGAACGAGGGGAAAAAAGUAAUUUAUUCGAUAAGCAACUAUCGUUAAUUACAAAAUGAAAAAGUUUGUUAUAAUUCAAAAGUAAAAACAUGAAUAACAAAGAAAAAGGACAAUAAAUAAAUUAAGUGAAAUUAUUCUAUCUAUUCAUCAUUUCUUCUUCAUCACAUAUUAUUUAAAUGGAAUAAUAAAAGCUGUUGUUUGUUGGUGUCUCUUCUCUUUUUUCCUCUAAUCGAAUAUAUUAGAAAGUACACGUAUUUGUUUUCAUUUGAAGUAAUUAAAGAUUAUUUUCAAUAGAUUUACCAGAUAAGCCUCUCAACAUAGAUUAUUCAGAGAAAUCUUAUCAUUUAGUUCAGAAAAGCAAAAACACGUUUAAACCUUACACCGACUAUUAAAACUUUUAUAUUCCAUAUAAAUUAUUCUAUUCAGUUAUAAAUAUCCUCUACAAAUUUAGUUUAUUAAUUGCUUUUGUUGUCAUAUCACCAAAAAGUCCCAUAAAUAUAUCAAUAUAUAUCGUAAACCAUCGAAUAAAAUACCACCUUCUUCAUAUAGUCAAAAUACAAUGUAUUACAGUUUAUGCAUCCUUUUCCCCUUCAGCCAUCUUGUUUUUUUUAUUUUCAUAAAUAUUUUGUUUCCUUUAGCCAUUUUUCUAAAUCCGUUUCGUCUGAUUAAUUCAUUUCAUUACUCUAGAUAAUUUGCAAAGUUAACUCUUCAAAUUCGGAGAAUAGACAUCUUUGUAUGAGAAUUGUUUUUCUAUAAAUCUGAAAAUCCAAAUAGAAUCUACUCUUGAUAGUGAGCAUUUUAGUUUUCUGGCAUUCACACACAUACACGCAAACUCUCUCUUUUUUUUCUCUCUCUCUUCCUCUUCAAUGAAACAUUUGACUGUACAAUUUUGAUUCUAUCGUUCAGAGUGCAUAAUAAUAAAAAUAUUCAAGUGACACAUGUUUGUAUUCUGUAUGAAAAAGAGAGACAACUAAAAUGGGAGUAGUAGAUUUAAUUAUGAAUGUUUAUGUUUAUUUCAAACAUCUGUUGACUGUCUAUUCAUGCGAACAAAAAAAUUUUGUUCAAUCGUUUUAUAACAACAAAUGAAAGUGAAAAAUAUUCAAACCUCCAAAGAUUUUACUUUCCUCUUAUGAAACUGUCUACAACAGCCAUUCUAUAGUUGAAUAUUAUUAUUAUAUAGUCCUUGAUCUUGAUUGAAUGUAGAGACUUCGAUUCAACACUCAACACCUUCGAGUGGGAAGAGAGAAAGAGUGUGAAUAUAAUAAUGAGAUUUUACUUGUAUCUAUAAAGAUUAUCUUUAACCUUAUUGGGUGAUUUAUUGAACCAGGUUUAAUAAUAGUUUUAUGGCCUUUAAACGCUGAAGAAUUAAUAAAUCCGCAAACGGAAGAUGCUCAACAAGACUUGUAGAAUAAGCCUGGCGUUAGGUGAAAUUUUAUUGAAUGGGUUAAGUGUUUUUUAAACAAUGGCCACUCUUCGGCUACUACGAGAAUGGUUUUUAAUGUCAUGAUUCGCGACAAGCUAAAUCAGACGCUUAACCUCAUUAAUGAAAACGACUGGUUGUACAUUUUUACUGAAUCAUAAAUGAAAAUGGAUCCGAAAUUAUGAGAAUUGAAAGAAUGCGCACCGCCGCCAGGUGGACAGGAUGACAAAGAAAAAAUUGAAAAAUAUCUAUUUAAUUGAUUUACUGGAUUAUUUUUCACAAAUAAUAUUACCUAAUUAAUUAAUGGUAAUUUAUUCAUGUAAUAGCUACAUAAUUUAAAUAUUAAAAUUACAAAUUAGAAUAUCCUAUCAUUUAAAUAGAGAAAUUUUCCAAUUUCCAAGUGUUCAAUAAUCGUCGUCCAAUUCAAUUUUUCAUGAAUGAAUUAUUGAACAAGCGGAUUUCAUUGUUGAAUUAUCGAAUGUUCUACUAAUGAAAAAUUACACAAGGAUAGAGAAGGAAAGCCUUAAGAAUAUUGAAAGAAACUGUUUUAAAGCGUCUAACAAGAAUAAUUUAACGUUACUCUGUUCAAUAAAUAUACGAAAAUGUAUUGAAUUAUAAAACUGGAGAUUUGAGCUAAAAGGGAAUGAAUUUCUGAAAAGCAAGCAUACACUUGUCUUUAUAUUGAACAGAAGCUUUCUUAUCAUUCAUUUACAUCUUAUCAGUAUCUGAAUUAUUGAGGAGAGUUAUUUUCAGACACGCGACUCCUUCAAAUUCCAAAAGCGAAAAGUUCAUAACAAAAGCGACGAAAUGAAUAUUCAGAAAAGAAGAGAGGGGCGGAGACAAAAAGCUAUUUUGUAAAUUUUUCAAUUUAUUUUGUCGUUUCUUAUUUGCUUCUUUAACUGCAAAAAUUCAAAGGCAGAAGAAUGUAUUGAGUGAAAAAUCUGUGCUAAAAGGCUCAGCUAUUUCUUACCAAAAACCUUUUCCCAUUAACCUUUACCGUUUGAACAGGGGCAAUUGGGCCUAUAGUCUGCAUUCAAUUUUUAUUCAUUUUUUUGAUUAAAUCCAACAGCAGACUAGUUUGGGGGAAAUAAGCGGAUUUGAAAAAGAUCAUUUUCCAGUUUAAACGUCUUUCCAAGUGAAAGUAAAGAUAUACAAGUUGUAAUAAGAUACUGAAGGGUAAAUGAAGGUUAUUCAAAAAUAGUUUAAUCCGUUUAAUUACUUAACAAUCGUGAAAACAUUGAAAUUUUUCACUAAAAUUAGAGAGAAAAAAAAAGUUAAAGUAUGCCGUUUAAGCCUAAAUGUCCCAGACAGGCCUUUUGUUUUGUUGAUAUAGGUCGAGAUAAGGUACAGAGUAUGAGAAUAGAUAGUCCUUCUAAGACUUUUAAGAGGUAACAAGUAAACUAUCAGCAGAGUGAUAAUUAAC